UUUGGGUGGGGCAUCCGUGGGUUAGUUAAUAAGAAGACUUGCAGAGAUGUGUCAGUCUGCGCAGAAGCGUCAGAUGCUGAGAGCAGCAGAGUUCAAAGCAGACAGAGAGUUUGGACCGAACGCAGAGGGCAUGAUGAUGUCCUGGACGAAGGCCGCAGUGGUUCUGGGGGUGGCAGCGGCUGCGCUCCUCACUCCAGACGGCGCAGAGCCGCAGGAGCCCGCGGGCGGCGGACUGCGCCUGCGCCUGUCACGGAGCGCCACGAGCCGGGCUCUCCUCUGCAUCACCGGAGGACUCUCCCUCCUCGCCCUGCACUGGCUGUACCGGCUGCUCUUCUGCCCGCUGGUGCUGCUCCGCACGUCCGAUGACGUGGGAUACCUGCCCGCGACGGGCCGCUCCAAGGCGCAGGCGGCCAACGAGGCCCGCCGCAGGAGGAAGGUCGGACAGCUGCCCCCGGUGUACCCCAACGGCUGGUACCGAGUGCUGGACUCCUUCAUGCUGCGGAAGGCCGAGGUCAAAAGUGUCUCCAUUCUUGGUCAACAGCUGGCCGUGUUUCGUGGCGAGGACGGGAAGGCCUAUGUGCUGGACGCCUAUUGUCCCCACCUGGGCGCCAACCUGGCAGUGGGGGGGCAGGUGUCAGGGAACUGCUUAGAGUGCCCGUUCCAUGGAUGGCAGUUUAAUGGGGGCGAUGGAAAGUGUGUGAAGAUUCCUUAUUCAAAAAAAGUCCCAGAGUCUGCCAAAGUGCGCUCCUGGAUCUCCUGCGAGCUGAACGACCAGAUCCUGGUGUGGUUCCACUGUGACGGGGAAGAACCCACGUGGAGUGUUCCUGAGCAGGAAGAGAUCUCCAACGGCUCGUGGGUGUACCGCGGGAGAACUGAACACUUCUUAAGCGCUCACAUCCAGGAAGUUGCUGAAAACGCCGGAGAUGUGGCUCACCUGUUCCACCUGCACGGGCCGGGCAUCACCAGCGGCGUGGAUCUGCGUUACAUCAACAGCAAACUGUGGGAGUUUGUACGACAUGACUGGAAGGUGGAGUGGGAGGCAAACAAACCCGAGAAGCACUGCUCAGAGAUGAACCUGAAGCACAGCAUGACUCUGUUCGGGUCUCACUUCUGUCUGCUGGAUCUGCAUGUGCUGGCUCGCCAGGUGGGCCCAAGUUUAGUGUUUCUGGAUUUCAAACACCCGUUCCUGGGCCGGGGGAUGAUGCUGCAGUCUGUGACUCCCGUGGAGCCGCUUCUGCAGUGCAUCACUCACACCCUCUACUACCAGGCCAACAUCCCAGCUGUGGUGCCCAAAUUCAUCCUCAGGGGAGAGUGCAUGCAGUUUGAGCGAGACGUGAUGAUCUGGAACAAUAAGAAGUACAUCUCCAACCCUCUCCUGGUGAAAGAGGACUCCACCAUCCGGAAGCACAGGCUCUGGUACAAGCAGUUCUACAGUGAGAACAGCCCGACGCUGCAGUACCAGAAUGACGCCCUGGACUUCUGACGGGCCAGACCGCCCCCAGGUCAGGAUGGACCGUCUCCUCAGAUGAAGGAGUUCCCUUCAGCACAAACCUCAUGAAACAUCGAGAACGCCAUGAACCUCGCGCUGCUCUGCGUUCUUUUGAGCGCCGCAGCGGAACCCAGAAAACCGACGGUGUCAAACUGCCUGAAAGCUGCAUUACUGAAUGCAGUAAUGAUGACAACAAACCUCGCAGAUACAGAGCAUAUUGCAGCCAGUGAUCAAUGUCCAGAGGUUUAGCAGAAUUUUUAAAAAGACUUUGGAACUUUUUCUGGAAAAAAAACAAACAUUUUUGAUUCAAAAAAACAACAACGCUGCAGUAAGUUCUGCUUCCUGGACAGAAACCUGACAUUUUCUGCACUUCUUUGAGCUAAGAUGUCAAAAGUCACUUAAAAAGUGUAGCACGUUCAGAUUCUGUGGCUGUAAAACAAGCCCACAUCACCACCUUACCACCUCCGUGCCUUACAGUGUUGACACACGAGAAUUCAUCUUUGCUUUUCAGGCUGUCAGGAGGUGUAGCUGGUAAGAUGCUGGCUUCUCCAUCGCACACAUCUCCUCCUCCUCAUGAAGGGUUGGAGGACACCUAUUUGUUGUUUAUGCUAAUUUAUUUUAAAACUUUGACAGACCUUCAGUCUCAGAUCAUCCCCGGGUUUUUCUGUAGUUUGUUUUUUCUCACUUUUAUGGUUUUGAACCAGUUUAAUGCUCUCUUGCAAAUGAGUAGAAAAAGCUUUUAACCCAUCAAAAAGUUGGUUCUUUUUAAGAAAACGUAACAACUUUGACAAAACAUUUACUGAAAAAAUAUUUUAACUUUUAUGUGGCUUAUUUACACAUUAACCCAUUGAUUUAGAAUUGAUGAUUCACAUUAGCAACAUCAUCCUUCAUAGUGUUUUAUCAUUCCCUCUGAAAUUGACUUCUUUGAAACCUUUUUGCAAAAUUUCCCUAUUUGUUUUUGACUUUUUUGUGAUACUUUAAUUGAAAAAAAACAACAAACUUUGAUCUAAUCUUGCAUUUAUUGUUGCACUUAUGUAAUUGAGUAUUUUUUCCAAAGAAUUUUGAAUCGUGCCUGAAAUGCUUUGCUUCUCCCAUUUAACUUGGCAGCUUUAGUUAAAAUCAAAUCAUCAUUUUUCCUUGCUUUCGCUGAGUUCUUGAACUAGAAAAUCUAAACGUUUCUUUCAGAUUUUUAGUUUCCUAAAUUUCGAUCCAUAGCCUCGUCAACGAUCUUCUUCAGCUGGCAGUCUUCACACGUGCAUUUGUGUAGGACACACUUUCUAUCAAGGCGUGGACUGUUUCAGGAAAAGCUGCCUGCCAUAAAGAAAUGCCGACAUCUUUCUGAACUGUGCCAACAGGUCGACUUCAGGAAACUUUUUUACCAUAUCUGAGCCAAAGAUGUUUGAACACGAGCCUUGUAGUUUUUCUUUUUUUUUCUUGCAGGCCAACACACUUUACUAUUUUUUAUUUUUAGUGAUAAGACAUUUAGCUAGGCCUUCAGGGUCAGAGGUGUUUUUGUCUUUCAGUCUGACCUCUGGGGUUCAGGUAAGAGCAGGUGGGAUCACUUCUUGAUUGAAAUCUCCUAUUUAUUUAUUUAGGGGAAAGCUUAUAUUUAUUUACUGGUAUCAGUUUUUUUUUCAUUAUAAGACUUAUGAUGUUCUAUAUUUCUGCUAGUAUGUCUGAUCUGCUGCUAACAUAUUGGCUAAAAAGUAGCUUUUUAAAAUUUAUUUAUUUCAAAUAGCCCGUGAAUAACACAUUGUUUCCUGUGAAACACAGAUUUUCAGGCUUUAUAAUGACUGUGAAUGAAAAAGGACUUUCAGGAUUUUGCAUGAAGCCCUGCUUACUGUGUGCACUUAUUUGAAUUUCUUUAUCAACGUGGAACAUCCUAAAAAUGCAAUUAAAAGCACACUGGUCUCCUAAAAUGUUCUAUUUGCCUUUUUAAAUGCAGAUUGUUUGAGGCUUGUCUGAGGAAUGGAGGAGAAAUGUUGAGGUGUGCAGAGAAACUACAGAAGAAUAAAACUGAUGAGUCACGAUGAAGUUAUGGAAAAGAGCAGUGGAAGCUAGACUGAGGUCAGAGGUCAACAUUUGUGAACAUUAGUUUGGUUUCACGCAGAGAAAGAGAAGCACAGAGGCAGACAGGACAUCUGUAUUUAAAUAAAAGCUCAGGUGGAACAGUGAAGGGAGCAGAAGAGGAGGAUGCAAAGGAGAGCUGGAUC